AUGUAUGACAGCUGUCCAGUUCCAGGCAAUAUGUCAUUGGUCGGAUCUGAGGCUUGGUUGGCGUCCGAGAAAUACUUGAUGCUAUUGAAAGAUUCGGUACCUGACGAAGAUCCACGAAUUCCACCCGUAAUCACGUUAUCGCUUUCCACGCAAAUUGCUUGCUCAGAAAAUCCUCCACUACCAGCUCUAGCUAAAGAGGUGUUAUGGUAUGGUCAUGAGAAGAAGUUCAAAGAGUUCUUAAACAUUCCAUGUUCUCCAUACAUUUUUAGGCUUCAAGAAUUCUCCGCACGUAUCAACAACAACAGGCACAAGACGCUACCCAAUCCUUCGUCCUGUGCAACCUUAUUGAUGAAGAAUGACUUGCAGGAUGCAAAGCAUAAAUUGAUUGAGCAGCUGAUUCGCAUUCAAAUAAAGAACUUCGAAAAUGCUCAUGGAACUUCCGACAAACUCACAAAUUCACAUCAAUGCGAAGGAUUGGAAUGGUUCGAUGAAUCAUAUGACAAUGCUGUCAUCGACUUUUGCGGUGCUAGAAAGGACCAGAUUGAAUUGGACAAGCUCAGAUACGGAGCGUGGCAAGCUGGAGCUCGCUGGAGGCACGCAUAA